AUGGCUUCCAAGUUCUUAAGAGAAUACAAACUCGUCGUUGUCGGUGGUGGUGGUGUCGGAAAGUCUUGCUUGACUAUUCAAUUGAUCCAGAGCCACUUCGUGGAUGAAUAUGACCCGACAAUUGAAGAUUCCUACCGCAAGCAGUGCGUUAUCGACGAGGAGGUGGCAUUGUUGGACGUUUUAGAUACUGCCGGACAGGAGGAGUACUCGGCGAUGCGUGAACAGUACAUGCGAACCGGCGAAGGCUUCCUUCUCGUCUACUCGAUAACGUCGCGCCAAUCAUUCGAGGAAAUCAUGACUUUCCAACAACAGAUCCUGCGAGUCAAGGAUAAGGACUACUUUCCCAUCAUCGUGGUCGGCAACAAGUGCGAUUUAGAAAAGGAGAGGGCUGUUUCCGAAGAAGAGGGUGAGGCUCUAGCACGGCAGUUCGGCUGCAAGUUCAUCGAGACAUCCGCCAAGUCCCGUAUUAACGUCGAGAACGCUUUCUACGACCUCGUGCGCGAGAUCCGUCGGUUCAACAAAGAGAUGUCAUCGUACCCGUCUGGCGCGGGCGGCGGCUCACGCGCCCCGGAAGGAAAAAUGGACGUCAGCGAGCCUGGCGAUGACGCCGGCUGCUGUGGAAAAUGUAUAAUUAUGUAA